GGGCCUGUUAGGUACGAUAUUUAUUACUUGGACUUCCGCACGUACUGCAAUUCGGAGGCCCACAGAAAAUUGGAAUGCUACCGUCGAAACUAGCUGCACUCGCACACCGCCGUAGCAUAACCGCACCAUCUCUCCAUCAAACACCAUGGCCGCCGCCGUCUGAGCACGCGCCUCUAUCUUUGAUGGCGGACAAAUGCAAAUCAAUGAAACAGCUCAAGCAAAUCCACGCCCAAAUGAUCAUCACCGACCGCAUUGGCGACACCUUCGCCGCCAGCCGCUUGCUCAACUUCUGCGCUCUCUCCGCUUCUGGGGACCUUAAUUACGCUCUCAAAUUGUUUCACCGUACCCACGUGCCCAAUAUGUUCAUGUGGAACACUGUAAUUAGAGCACAAGCUAGUUCUCUGAAUCCUCUCGCCGGUUUGCUUCUUUAUGUUGAAAUGCGUAGGCGUGGCGUCACACCUGGGAAACAUACAUUUCCCUUUGUGCUCAAGGCUUGUUCGAAUGCGAAGUCGGUUAGAUGUUGCGAACAAGUUCACGCGCACGUUUUGAAAUUUGGGUUGGAUUUUGAUUUGCAUGUUGCGAAUGGCUUGGUGAGGGGGUACUCUGUAUCGGGUGGGAUUAAGGAUGCCCGGAAGGUGUUCGAUGAAUUGGGUGAGAGGAAUUUGAGUAUCUGGACUACGAUCAUAUGUGGGUAUGCCCAGAACGAUUCUUCCGAGGAAGCAAUCGCGUUGUUCGAUGGAAUGGUCUCUGAUGGCUUCGAACCAAAUGCAGUCGUUUUGUCUUCUGUCUUGUCGGCGUGUGCACAGUCGGCAUGCUUGGAAUUGGGACAGCAAAUUCAUAUGUAUAUCGAGGAGAAAGGGAUAGAAUUAAGUGUGAUUCUUGGAACUGCAUUGGUUAAUAUGUACACGAAGAACGGAUCUUUGAUUAAAGCAAAACAAUGCUUUGAUAGAUUGAAAGAGAAAAAUAUUGCAACUUGGAACACAAUGAUUUGUGGGCUGGCAGUUCACGGCCAUGCCGAAGAAGCCCUCGUUUUUUUCCGGAAGCUUCAUACAGAAAAAGUAACGCCAAACGAUAUUACUCUUCUCGGUGUUUUAUCCGCGUGCUGCCAUGCUGGAUUGUUGGAUUAUGGUAGUGAAAUUUUUCACUCGAUGAAAAGGAAUUACGGUAUCGAACCCAAUAUAAAGCAUUACAGUUGCAUGGUGGACCUGCUUGGAAGGGGGGGCCGGAUUUUAGAGGCUGAAGAACUUAUUAAAGGAAUGAUUUGGAAACCCGAUGUAGCGAUUUGGGGAGCAUUAUUGAGUGCUUGUAAAGAGUGCGGGAAUAUCGAAGUUGCUGAGCGAGUGAGGCUGGAAGAUGGGAAGAUGUGAUGAACCGAAGAAAAGGGAUGAAGGAAGGGUGUUUGAAAAAAACAGCUGGAUGGAGCUUGGUGGAUGGUGAUGGCUGACACA